AUUAUUCAAAAUCUAAUCUAUUUACAAGUGAGGUUAGGUAUUUUAACUGUAAACCUGUGAUUGAAAUUGAAUUGUUUUUGUAAACGUUCAUUAUACGAUUUUUGUCACAAAAUUAUGACAGAUAUGUGCUCCGUAGGAUUAGAUUUCAGUAUGGUUCCAAAUAUUUCAGAUUCAAUUUCCAGGGCACAAUCGCAAGGAUUUCAUUUUCUCUUCAUUCCUAUUGUGCAUCCAAGAUUUAAAAGGAAAUUUAUUAACGGUGAAUGGAUACCCAAAGACGUACCUCUAACAAGGCCGGAUAUUUUACUUACCUCAAAUGAAUGGAGGACGCUUUUUGUAGGAAAAUUAUCUAGUUACAUAGAUGUUGAUUCCACUUCCAAUACCAAACGGGAGCAGUCUGAAUUUGCACUUUUACAAGAACUGUCUUAUGCAAUUCAUUUAAAUUUUGCAGCCAUUCAUUUCAAACUGAAAUCUAUUAAUUGUACUCAUCUGGCUAGGAUCAUACUUAGUAAAAUUUCAUCUUUAAAUCAGAUCUGGGUUGAGUUACCGAUGGUCGAUAUUGGUAUUGGUUGUGAAGCCCUAUGCAGUGAUAGUAAAUAUGAGUUAACAACUGGAGAUCCUUGGGAACAUUGGAACAAAUUCAGAAUACUUCUUAAUUAUGAUAAAAAAAUUGGUGUUGUAUUAGAAGUUCCUGUAGAUGUGCCAGAUGAUGAUGUUGUUGAACGAUGGUUGGGCGAACCAAUAAAAUGUCUAAUGAUAAGUACACUUAUAUUUUUGACAAACCAUGCAGGGUACCCAGUUUUAGGGCCUAAACACAAAGAACUAAUUAAAAAAUUUGUUAAUAUUAAAGUUCAAUUAGCAUUAAGAGGUCCGGAAAGGCAUUUUGAUAUGCAUUUAUAUGUGCAAUAUUUAGACAAUUUAUAUAAAGGGUUUCACACAGAUGAUCCUCUUAAAACAAAUAGUCAAGGGUAUGAAGAUUAUCUACAGUGCCCAUUACAGCCAUUAUUUGAUAAUUUAGAUUGCGGAACUUAUGAAGUGUUUGAAAAAGAUCCAGUUAAAUACCGACAGUAUGAACUUGCCAUAAUUAGUGCUUUGGAAGAUAAAGUACCAGACUCUGAAAUUCAUUCUACAACGGUUGUAGUUCUAGUUGUGGGUGCUGGCCGUGGACCAUUAGUUAGAGCAGCAUUAAAUGCUUCAGAGAUUUCAAAACGAAAAGUUCAAAUAUUUGCAGUAGAAAAAAAUCCUAAUGCGUUAGUUGGCUUAUUUGCACAACAAAAUGAAGUAUGGCCAGAAAAUGUAAAAGUGUUUGGUGGUGAUAUGAGAAAUGUACAACUUCCUCAACUUGCUGAUAUUAUAGUAUCAGAACUACUAGGCUCUUUCGGAGACAAUGAGCUAUCUCCAGAAUGUUUAGAUGGUGCUCAAAGGUUAUUAAAAGAGGAUGGUAUAAGUAUCCCAACCAAAUAUACAUCUUAUUUGUGUCCUGUGCAAUCUUCAAAAUUAUAUGCAGAAGCUAAAGAUUCUAUGGAUAGAGACAAGCCACAUGGUUUUGGUCUGGAAACACCUUAUGUUGUUUAUAUAAACAGCAAAUAUGUUAUUGCACCAAAUCAGCCUGUAUUCACAUUUGAACAUCCAAAUAAAGACAAGUUUAUAAACAACAAUCGCCAUAAGCAAUUAAAGUUUGGUCCAAUUGCACAAAAUUGUGUUCUACAUGGGUUUUCUGGCUAUUUCGAUUCUGUGCUGUACAAAAAUAUAAUCAUUAGCAUAGUUCCAGAAACACAUUCAGAAGGCAUGUUUUCUUGGUUUCCAAUUUAUUUUCCCAUAAGAAAUCCGGUACAGCUUAAGAAAGGUGAUGUAAUUACAUUAGAUUUCUGGAGAUGCUGUACUUCACGAAAUGUUUGGUAUGAGUGGGUUGUAUCUGAGCCAAAUGUUGAUACUAUACAUAAUCUUAACGGUAGAUUCUCUAAUAUUGUUUUAUAAAAGAGAUUAUUUUUAAAUCUGUAUAUACUUAUUGUAAAAGCUCUUUUAUUAAAAUAAUUUGA